UCAGCUGGGAACCGAAUUUCGAUAUCUAAAAACGCAAGGUUAUAAAGAUUUAAAGCGAAUUUAAUCAUUUCUAUAAAAAAAUAAGAAAUAAUCAGUAGAUUAUUGAUAGAUAAACAUUUGAAACGAACUUAUCUUCAUUGCCACGCCUCUGCAAUAUCAGUUCAUUCAUAUACUUUGAACCGAAUGCACGUUCGAUACUUUGUGAACAGGGUUAACUGAUAAGGAAUUUAUAUUUAUUUACGAUUUCUAUAAGGAUAAGUGUUUAAAAUGUCAGUGCUAAACAACUUCACAGUGUCAAUAGCCAAGGGAAUAAGGCGACUUCGUCAAAGUUCCGAGUUGUGCGAUCGGCUGUCGGGUCGGCGGCAACACGUCUCCAACGAGCCACGACUGAAGCUGGACAAGUGCCUCAUCGUCUCCAAGGUCACCAGAUACGAAUAUGAGAAACACAGCCACGACAACAUUGCAGAUGCAGAACUGGAGAAGAUAUUAAGAAAGAGAGGGUCCGAUUAUGAUUCAAUGAUCUCCAACCACAGGGAACAAAAGUCGUUCGAAGAGGGAGUCGCGAAGAGUCUGAAAGAGAUGGGUUUACAAGUUGAAAUGGCUACCAGGUUAACAUACAACGAUGAACUGAUAAAUUGGUGCGACGUGGUGGUACCAGUCGGUGGUGAUGGUACCUUUCUACUCGCCGCUUCCAGAGUCAGGGAUGCUAAUAAACCAGUGAUAGGAUUCAACAGCGCACCACACAAGUCAGUUGGCAGACUUUGUCUACCCACAUGGUGUUCCAAUGACGUUAAGGGUGCGCUACACGCUUUGAAAGAGGGCAGGUUCAGAUGGAUGCGGCGCUCUCGGAUAAGGACCACCAUCACGUGCGAGCCCAAACUAUUGGACACCAUCACCCCUGUAGACUUACACACUUUACAUUACUGCAGAUAUCCACCAGUACAAAAUCCACUGGACAGUCCAGACUCGCCAACAAAGAAGCAAACAAACUUCAACACUGACGACAACAGUUCCACACUGGCCACUAAAGUUCUGCCGUUUUUGGCUUUAAAUGAGGUAUUUAUAGGAGAAAGUGUGACGUCACGAGUAUCGCUAUUGCGGCUACAGAUCGACAACGGGAAAUGGACACACACAAAAAGUUCCGGCUUGUGUGUGACUACCGGCACUGGAAGUACUUCCUGGCAUUAUAGUAUUAACUGUCUCCGAACGCACUCAGUCCUGGAGCUGAUGAAGAUACUGGGCGAGGACUAUAACAUGAAGAUGGAAACUACGCUGGAAAAGGCGAGGGAAGUCGCCGAGAAAUAUAACCAGAAGUUGAUGUUCCCUGCAGAUUCGGAGUACUUGGCCUACUCAGUACGAGAGUACAUAACGUUUGAGGAAUGGCCGACGCCGCGUGGCUUGAGAGUUCGCGACAGAGCCGGCGCGGUUAGGGUGCGGUCACAUUGCACUGAUGCUGGUCUGGUAGUGGAUGGCAGCGUGUCCUUCCCUUUCAACGAUGGUACGGAAGCAUUAUUGGAGAUACACCCUGAAGAUUCCCUCAUGACCGUCCAGAUGGACGACGCUUUACCCUAUUGACAUACAAUCAAUGUUAAGCCACGUCCACAUAGGAAGAAAUUGCGUCGUUAGUUUAACCACAGCCUAAAGAGAUACCUACAAGUGUAAAUAAAAAAAUUUAUAACACCCCCGACAAGCGAAGGUUACAGUAACUAGAAAAGA